GGAUGUUACAGAGAUGGACUGCGAAGGGGAAGAGAGGCAGGCCGGAAGAAACCAUUCAUCCGGCCAAUAAUAAUACUGCGAAUGAAAAAUACGCGGUGAUUUGUGACCACUGCCGGGCAUCUAGAUUCGGAUUUCAAAGAGGAUUACGGGCGUCGAGCUGAAUUAGAUGGCGCGAUUACAAUAAUGGCUAAUUUAGGAUCGGAUUAGAUACUUAUUCACACGGUCAUCGGCGCGGAUCCCCCCCCUCCUCCGUGUCUCCCCCUCCAACCUGCGAAUAAACAACCAAACAGGCCAUCGGGAUGUGGGGGUUAUUUCAGUGACGCUGUGAUGGAUACCUGCGAAGAUACCGAAAUCCAAACAAUAAUGAGGAUCCGAUUUGAUUUCAAGUCGGUUUAGUCGUUUCCUCGCUUUUUUUUCUUCUUCUAUUGUCAUUAUUUGGGCAUGAUUUUCCUGCGGAGCUUCGUGGAGCCAUUGCUGCUGUUGCUCCAAAGCGGAUGGUGGGGGGUCGCACCGAGCCCCACCGACGAAGGAGCCCUGCGGGCCGGCCACGGGGAGCACGGAGAGCCGGGGCAUCAGGAGCCCCACAAGGACUCCUACGGCACCUUCGCCUCCGAGUUCCUGGAGUCCAAAUACCUGUCCGAUGACGGUUAUCCGUUCCCCACGGCCCCACCAGUGGAUCCCUUUGCCAAGAUCAAAGUCGUCGACUGUGGAGUAACCAAAGGCUGCAUCAGAUACGGGAAGCCAGGGUGCGAUGCAGAAACGUGUGACUACUUUCUGAGUUAUCGCCGCAUCGGGACAGAUGUUGAGUACGAGAUGAGUUCAGACACGGACGGCUGGGUGGCUGUAGGUUUUUCAUCUGACAAGAAAAUGGGAGGAGACGAUGUCAUGGGCUGUGUCCAUGACGAUAACGGACGUGUACGGAUUCAUCACUUCUACAAUGUCGGCCAGUGGGCCAAAGAAAUAAAAAGAAACCCUGCAAGAGACGAGGAGGGCGUCUUCGAGAACAACCGGGUGACGUGCCGGUUUAAACGGCCUUUAUAUGUCCCCAGAGAGGAAACACUGGUAGACUUGCACCUUUCAUGGUAUUACCUGUUUGCUUGGGGACCUGCCAUACAAGGUUCCAUCACGAGGCACGACAUCGACAAUCCGCCCGUCAGUGACCACAUGAUCAGCAUCUAUAAGUACGAGGACAUCUUCAUGCCUUCUACGGCCUACCAGACCUUCAACUCUCCCCUCUGCUUACUGCUCAUAGUGGCCCUCACCUUUUACUUACUAAUGGGAACGCCAUAGCGAAGCACAGCGGACCACAUUAUGCAGAAAAGAGAGGAAGAGAGGAAGAGAAGCAGCAAUAAAUAAGUUGUCUACCUGUGAUACCACAUUCAACUGUGCACUUUGUGCAGAGAGACAUUAUAAAAUAUAUUAAACACAAUAAAACGUA